ACUUCCGCUCCUCCUUCCUCCAUCACGCACAAGCAAGCAACAUGGCGAAACAACCGUUCAACUUCAGCAUGGGCCCGCAGCAGACGCCGGCGUGGAUGAACCGCAACACGACCCUGCUCGUGUCGGCCAUCGCGACGCUCGUGUGCGGCGCGUUUGGCGUCGUCUUCACCGUUGAGGCGGUGCGGAGCAAGAAGUUCUGGACCUCGCGCAACGCCAACGAGCAGCUCAAGUACCGCGUCUUCACGGGCCUGACCGCAGCAUUCAUGUACACGACCGCGCUGUCCGCCGUCGCCGUCUUCAUCCACGCGCGGGGCACGCGCCUGAACCUCAAGCUUCGCUUGCUGGCGUUCAUCGCGGCCUUUUCCGGCGUGGCCGCAUUCACGUUCAACAUUGUGCGCCGGUACGCGGGCAUCAACGAGCUCCUGCGCCUCUGUCGCGAGACGUACCCCCCCGGCUCGCUCAACUCGCACAUGGCGGCCGAGUGCGAGACGUCCUGGGGCAGGUGGAACGCCGGCGCGUGGGUCGGCAGCGUGAUCGUGUUGUUGUUUGCGGCGUACUGCGCGUUCUACCUCUUCGCGGCCGACCGCACGUCCAACACGCGCAGCUUCGUGACCGGCGCCACUGAUGCCGACGAGGCGUUCCGCCUCGCGCCGUUCGGCGCAGAGCGCGGCCUCAACCCCGCCGCGAACCGCGGCUUCAACUCGGUCGAGAUCACCCGCUCCGAGCGCUACGAUACCGCCUACGACGACGGCGCGCAGCCACCCCGCCAGGCUGACCCCUUCGCCGACCCCGACACAAAGAAGGGCGACCACCUCCUCAGCCCCGCCCACCAGGCUGAGAACCCCUUCGCCGACGGCCCGCCCCAGUACGACAACAACAACCGCCGUUAAUACCCGGCUCACGCACCACGCCGCCCUGUAUAUUAUCCUCCUUAGCACGUAGAACACUCAUGAGCCGCCGCUGCUCCCAUUCUCCCACCAUUCACUCCACAUGCUAGUGUGCAUCAAUGGAUAACAAUGGAUAUCUGCUGGAUCUUCUCGCUCUGCGCGCGCGCGCGCCUCCCGCGCCGCUGCUGUGUCUAAAAAAUACGACACUAGAUUCGGACUGAUACUACUACUACUACACAGACACACCCUUACUCAAUCAUCGACGCGUCGAGGCCAAGGCCGUGCAGGAACAUGUUCACGUUGCGGAGCUUGAGCUCGGCCCGUGCCCGUGGCGUGUGCGGGUCACGCGCGGCCUGCACCGUAUGCAAGAUCUUCUCGCGCAGCGCGGCGACAAGGUUGGUCUGCUCGCCCUCGGGCGCGUUGACGGCGAGAGCAGCGGCGAACGCCCAUGUCUCGGCCUCGCGGCGCUCCAUCUCCAUGCCCUCCUUCUCGUUGAACUGCUUCGCGCCGGCAGCGUCUCCACCGAGGAGGUACGCGCCAGGACCAAACGCAAACUUUUGUGCCUGCGACGACGGGAAGAGCUCGGGCAGGUGGGGCAUGACGAGGUGGAGCAGGUAGGCAAACGUCUUGUUCCACUGGUCGACCUCGGCCGGGUCCACUGGCGCAGGCUGAUCGGGAUGGUUCGGGUCGGGCUGCGGCGCACGGACGAGGGUCUGCGCGCGGGAGAGUAAGGCGGUGAACAGUGCCACACCGGGACGCGUCGACGCGACCUUCCACACCUCCAUGCGCUGCGCGACAAUGCCAAGGAGACCCGAGACGAGGCCAAGGUUGCACUGGUUGAUGAGCAUGUCAACGCCGGGGAUGAUGUUGUGCAGGAACGAGUCGGUCUCGGCUUCGCGCUGCGCGCGGUCCAGCCUGUCGGCCUUGGUGAGCAGCGACGAGUCGGCAACCGGCGGUGGGGGCGCGCGGGCGACAACGUUGAGCUGGGGGUAGGUGGCGAUGAGAAGCGUGAGGAGAGUGAGCGCCUGCUGCUGGGGCAGGUGACGCAGGAGACGGGGGAAGAGGCGCUGGCCCUUGAGCGGGUUGAUGAGCGAGAUGAACGGGUGGGGGUUGCUGAUCGUCAGGGGCUCCAUAACCAUGAGCUUCUUCCACAGGCCCUCGACCUUGGCAGAGCAAGCAGCGUUCCACGCCUCGACGCGGGGGACGUCGGUCGGGGGCGGGGCGUCGCGGCGCAUCUGCUCGAGCUCGAGCACGUCGUCGUAGAGCUCCUCCAGCGCGAACAUGACCUGCUUGCGCGUAAGCGCAGGGCGGGUGAUGCCCGUCGACUGGUUGAGGACGUUGACCGGACGGUGCUCUGGACGGUGGGCCUGAGGGACGGCGAGCACUGGGCGGGGAGCAGCCUGGGUAGCUCCGCGGCGGGGGACACGGCCGAGGGCGCCCUGGAGAGCGUCAUUGGACAUGUUCGCCUGGCGCUUGGCCGUGGUCGAGACGAGCUUCUUGACCUGCGUGUUGAGGCGUUGCAUCGUCGACGUGCCCAUCUUGCCGAAACGGUUGCCGGCGGCACCGCCCACACCAAAGCCCAUUCCUGGGGCGACCUGGACGACUGUCGGCGCAGGGCCGUGGCCAUCGGCAGCCUCACGGCGGCGCACGAGCGCCGAGUAGACCUGGGCGUAGAAGUCGGACGAGUAGGGGUCCGACGACGCGAGCUGCGACAGCUGAAUACGGGUGAUAAAGUCCUUGUCCGAGUUGCCCAUGAGGUUGUUGUGCUUGGACAUGGCCUCGAUCUUGGCCGAGAUGCGAUGGUGCAGUGCCUCCAUGCGAGCGAGCUCCUCGGGCGAAGGCUGGCGCUGGUCGGGGGGAGGGCCCUGGAAGUGCUGCUGCUGCUGGUGCUGCUGUUGCUGGGCUGGCGCCGCCGAGCCAAGGUCGGGGAACAUGCUGUCAAGAAGGGCCUGGCCACGGGCGUAACCCGAGUCGGGGAGACCGGCAGGCGGGGGAGUGAUCUGUGCUCCCUGCGGCGGGGGUGUUGGGCCAGCAGGAGGCUGCUGGUGCUGCUGAGGGUGCUGCCAUGCCUGCUGGUGCUGGGGUGGCUGCUGGUGGUGGUGCUGCUGCU